AUGGCGGCGUCAGGGGCCACUGCGCGGAGGGGGCGGGGUUCCGCCUCCGGAGGCGGGGCAGGGAGCCAGAGGGGUCGGCCUAGCGGGAGGGCAGCUUCCGAAGUAGGCAGCCCCAGCGCGCCUGCGUGGAGCGACCCUGCGCGCAGUGAGGCAGUGGCGGGGGAAGGCACCGGCGCUGUGAGGAAAGCUGAAGCGAGCGGACUCGCACCGGCAGCGAGACGCCGCUACCGCCGCCCCAGCCCAGCCUCCCUCGGCUUCGGCGCUCCCGUCGUGGGGGCCCGGGUUCUUCAGCACACCCAGCUCCAGCAGCCCCAGAGCCUGUCCCCAGUCCUUCGGAAGCCCCGGCGCCAGCCCGGGCCCUUGGCGGGGAGGAUGACGGAGCUGCAGUCGGCACUGCUACUGCGAAGACAGCUGGCAGAACUCAACAAAAACCCAGUGGAAGGCUUUUCAGCAGGUUUAAUAGAUGACAAUGAUCUCUAUCGAUGGGAAGUCCUUAUUAUUGGUCCUCCAGAUACGCUUUAUGAAGGUGGUGUUUUUAAGGCUCAUCUCACUUUCCCAAAAGAUUAUCCCCUUCGGCCUCCUAAAAUGAAAUUCAUUACAGAAAUCUGGCACCCAAAUGUUGAUAAAAAUGGUGAUGUAUGCAUUUCUAUUCUUCACGAGCCCGGGGAAGAUAAAUAUGGUUAUGAAAAGCCAGAGGAACGCUGGCUGCCUAUUCACACCGUGGAAACCAUCAUGAUUAGUGUCAUUUCUAUGCUGGCAGACCCUAAUGGAGACUCACCUGCUAAUGUUGACGCUGCGAAAGAAUGGAGGGAAGACAGAAAUGGAGAAUUCAAAAGGAAAGUUGCCCGCUGUGUAAGAAAAAGCCAAGAGACUGCUUUUGAGUGACAUUUAUUCAACAGCUGUAACUUCACUUAUUUCAGGGUCUCCAAUUGAGAAACAUGGCACUGUUUUUCCUGCACUCUACCCACCUAUUGCUGGACUUCUGUUGUAACAAGUUGGCAAACACUGGCUGGAACUGGGCUGCAAUAAAACAUGCCAGUAUCAAUGCUGACAAGAGCCUAACAAGUGCCAACUUACAGAUGAUUACGCAUUUUGAAUUCUAAUGAACUGUUUUAACCUUCAGGAAGAAUUGUAAAGACCUGUACAUAGCACAACAUGAUCCGGAUAAUAUAUAUACUGUUCAUGUACAUCCACAAACACACCUUGUACCAAAUAAUGCUUUCUUGUAGUAGAAUAAGAAUCGUGUAAAUUCUAAAAGAUUUUAGCAGGUUUUCUUUCCCUAUUCAUUGUUUCUUAUCAGUUUUAAAAGACUCCUUAAAGCAUGUCAGAUAAAAAGCAAUUAGGAUUAAAAGUUUCCAUUUAAUUUCCUUUAAA